CGGGAGCAACAUCCUCGCCCACUCACUGGAGUGGAAUGCCGCGCCCUUUACUCUGAAGGUUCUCACUUGGGGAAAAGAUUAUGGUCAAAUAACCACAGACCUCAUUUUGUAAACACGUCCAAACACUCUCACAGCGUAGGCUAAGCACAUCUCUCCAUGAUGCCUUCACAACGCGCUAGUGUCAAGUACGUGCCCGUCUCAGAUGGGACCGACAUAGACAGCUUCGAGGAGGACAGUCAGACUGUAUUUGAUGAUACAGCAUCGACCUCAGCACUCCCGUCCAAACACGAAUCGCAGCCACGGAUAGGCCACACUGAAGCCAUUAGGCGGCCAUGGAUCAUAGCCAUAUUUCUGGUCUCAAUAUUAGCGACGGCUUUCAUUUCUGGCGUAGGGGGUUAUUAUUACGGUCGUGUAGCCGAGAAGGAACAGCACACUCUCGACUGGUUCUGCACAGUUGAUCACACCUUCCACUACCGCAAAGGCUUCGCACUGCCUCCAGGCGACGAAUCGCAGAAGUACUGGAACCUGAUCUUUCCCCGAGGUCGGGGUUUCAUUCAGCAUCCAACCAUCUCGCCCGAGCCUCACGGCCUUGCCGUGUACCACCAGCUUCACUGCCUCGACGCUAUCCGCCGAGGUUACUAUGCGGCAAAGGAUGGGGUCGAGCCAGACCACAACAGUCACGCGGCACCCGGCCACGUGCGGCACUGCAUCGACUACCUGCGCCAGUCACUCAUGUGCAACGCAGACACCAAUCUCGAGCCAAUUGACAUGCAGCUCGGCGGGGUCACUGGGUUCGGGAACGAGAGGAAGUGUAGAGACAUUGUGCGGAUCAUGAAGUUUGCUGAUAAGUGGCGGACGCAUAACCAGACCAUCAUUACUUAAAAUGUAGACGAGAUGGAUCACGCAAUCUGUUCACCUUCACAGAGAGCUUUUCAACUUAUUGUAUCAGUAUACUUUGAUGAACAAGUAUUUCAUUCUGAAAAAUACAAGAUUGACAAC